CAAAAUAAUUCCUGCAGCAUAACUUUGGAAUGAACUAAACUGAAGUUACUAUUGUAUCCUGGAUUACAUUUGUGAUUUUGAAUAUUCAAUUGAUAAAUCAUGGAGAGGUAGCUGUUUUCUUGCUUUGGAGAAUUAUUUCAAUUAUUCUUAAACAAACAAAAGGACAUUCCAGCUUGACCACUGAUCUGCUGAUCAGCACAAUGACUAACUUCAUCCCUCCAGAUGUUAAAAAUUUUGUCACCUGGGACUAUCUUGUCUUUGCAGCCCUUUUUCUCAUUUCUUCUGGAAUAGGAGUCUUUUUUGCAGUUAAAGACAGGAAAAAAACAACUUCUGGGGACUUUUUAGUGGGUGGACGGCAGAUGACUUGCGGACCAGUUGCCUUGUCCCUCACUGCUAGUUUCAUGUCUGCAGUGACUGUAUUGGGAACUCCAGCUGAGGUGUAUCGCCAUGGCUCUGCCUUUAUUCUCUUCUUCAUAGCAUAUACAUUUGUCAUUAUUUUUACUUCAGAGCUUUUCCUACCUGUAUUCUACAGGUCUGGAAUCACAAGCACUUAUGAGUAUUUGGAGCUAAGGUUUAACAAACCUGUUCGCAUUGCUGCAACACUGAUUUACAUAGUACAGACGAUUCUUUACACAGGAGUGGUAGUCUAUGCUCCAGCUUUGGCUCUCAACCAAGUGACUGGAUUUAAUCUUUGGGGCUCAGUAUUUGCAACAGGAAUUGUCUGUACCUUCUACUGUACACUGGGAGGAUUAAAAGCUGUUGUCUGGACAGAUGCCUUUCAACUGGUCGUUAUGCUGACUGGGUUCUUAACCGUUUUAAUUCAAGGAACUCUUAAGAAUGGGGGCUUCACAAACAUCUGGGAAAAUGCUGGUAAUGGAUCACGCCUCACUAUAUUUGACUUUGAUCUUGAUCCCCUGAGAAGACACACAUUUUGGACAAUUGCAGUAGGAGGAACAUUUACCUGGCUAGGAAUCUAUGGGGUGAAUCAGUCUACCAUACAAAGAUGUAUUUCUUGCAAAACAGAAUUGCAUGCUAAGCUUGCACUGUAUCUUAAUUUAGUUGGGCUAUGGGCCAUCCUGGUGUGUGCUGUCCUUUGUGGCUUGGUGAUGUAUUCACAUUUCAGGAGCUGUGAUCCAUGGACUGCUGGUUUCAUUUCAGCACCUGAUCAGCUAAUGCCGUAUUUUGUCAUGAUCAUCUUUUCCUCAACCCCAGGACUUCCAGGAUUAUUUGUUGCAUGUGCCUUCAGUGGAACACUCAGUACAGUGGCUGCAAGUAUCAAUGCUCUGGCGACGGUCACAUCUGAAGAUUUGGUCAAGAACUGCUUCCCAGAUCUCUCUGAACGUGUUAGCACUUGGAUCAGCAAAGGCUUAUGCAUAGUAUUUGGAGUGAUUUGUACUUCAAUGGCUGUAGCAGCCUCACUCAUGGGUGGUGUUGUGCAGGCCUCACUUAGCAUUCAUGGAAUGUGCGGGGGACCUAUGCUAGGUUUAUUUACAUUGGGAAUUAUUUUUCCUUGGACCACCUGGAAAGGUGCCUGUGGAGGUCUUCUUACUGGAAUCACUUUGGCAUUUUGGGUUGGCAUUGGAGCCUUUGUGUACCCUGCUCCCUCUUCAAAGUCCCUGCCACUGCACCUCUCAACAGCUGGGUGUAUUGCCAAUAAUACAGAGACUGUUGCUACAAUGAUGCCUACUGUACCCCCUAUCAGGCCUCAUUUGGCAGAUACCUGGUAUUCUUUGUCAUAUCUUUACUACAGUGCUGUUGGGUGUCUUGGAUGCAUCAUGGCAGGUCUUUUGAUCAGUUUUGUGACAGGUCCAAAUAAAGGAGAAGAUAUUAAACCAAUGUUAAUCCGCCCAAUCUGCAACGUGUUUUGUUUCUGGUCUCAUAAAUGUAAAACCUUUUGGUGGUGUGGAGUGGAUCAAGAGGACAACAAAGCCUUUCAUGAGGAAUUCAGCAAUGAACAACUGAAAGAUCUCUCAGAAAAGGCAGAUGCCAACAAUAUCCUCAAGAAUGGAUUGAAUAGAGCAGUUCACAGUCAUCUGCCUGGUUAUAACCCAUGUGAAAAAUCCUACACUAAUCCAAGUGUGGAGAGAGAAUCUCAUUUUUAGCAUGCCACAAAGAAAAUACAUGAAGUUAACCAUAGGAAUUACAUAGUAUUAUCCUAGCUUUAGGGGGGAAAUGUUUCUGGGAAGGCAACCAGCUGAGGAGGCACUUAUUUAUAACUUAAUGGAGGGUCAUUUUUAUUUACUGAACUCAUUCCAUGACAAACCUAAGAUUCUAAUAAGUUAAUACUGUUAAAAGUUUGCUGUUUGUGUUUUUUUUUAAAGUACAAGUGUUGUUCAGAGUCUGAGUAAUUAAUUCAUCUUCCAUUGCUCUUGCAUUCUCCCUUCCAUUGGUCCUAGAACCGAUAAAGGCAAACCAUAUUAUAAAUGACAGUAUUCCUUUUCAACACUAUAGUGUUUUUCUAUAGUUUUGUAGGCUGCCAAAUAAACCUCUUAUGGAAAAAUGUGAAGUCAUUACUAAACCCCUCCUCACUCCAUGACCUAUUCCUCUGUAGAUGAUAAUUAUUGGGAAACAUUGCUGUAUAAUUGUUUUACGCUGUAACUGGUGUGUGGGCAGGAUGUGUGUAAUUAGUCUAGGCCAAUCCUUUCUUAUAAUUCCAACUGUACCAGUGGUUGAGUGAUGCUGUGAAAAAGCUGAAAACACCACCAAUGGUUCACUGAGAAUUUUUUAGAGUCCAACCUACCCAUUCUCUGUGUCAGUUUAUACAGCCCAUCAAUGAAUAUUCUUUUGCCACAGUAGAAUUGCUUCCUGCAAAGUUGUAUUUGCCAUGGCAUACUGCCUUUGCUUCAGUGCUUCCCACUUGCUAACACAUUCUAAGCAGUAACCAUGACUUUGAUAAAAUGUGGGAAAUACCAGCUGAAAUGGGAAGAACCACAGCAUAGGUUGGAAGUGUUAUAAACUCAGAUGCACAGCAGUGCAGGUUUUGGAAAUUAUGAACCCUGGUAAUGUACAUGUGCCAGAACCCAACAUUCAGAAGGUAAUUCAGUCAUAAAUUUCUAAAGGUGGGCUGCUUAGAGACAGUACCUCUUGAGCCAACAUACUUUGAAAAUUCAACCCCCUUUAUAUCAGGAGCCUUGAAUUCUCCAGAUGUUUCUCAGUGGGAUGAGUGACACAUGAGGCAUAAACUGUCUGAGACUCAGUGUGAAGGGAUAUAGACUGGUCCAAAAGAAAUAAAAGACUUCAGCUGAGCCUCUAGACAUGUGAGACAAAUUGUCUGAGUGCAGCUCUCCAGGGUUGCCCAGCUUGACUUGAACAACUACUGCCUGCUUGACUGGUAAGUGCUUAUGCUUCUGUCAUUGUUAUGUGCCUUCAAGUUGACUCUAACUUAUGGUGAUCCUAUUGUAGAGUUUCCUUGGCAAGAGUUAUCCAAAAGACGUUUGCCAUUGCUUGUCUCUAAGAGCUAAAGAGUGUGACUUGUCCAAAAUCACUCGGUUUCCAUGGCUGAGUGGUGUUUUGAACUCUGGUCCUCAACCCAACACUCAAACCACCAUACUGCAUUGGUUUUCUGCAACUCUGUAAGAAUUCCACUGGUUAAAAAAACCCAUAAUGAACAUACAUGUUAGGGACUUUAUAAAUGUAAAUGGACCCUUGUUAUAUGCUAGGGUUUGGUUCCAAGAUCUUCCGUGGAUAACAAAAUCCGUGGAUGCUCAAGUCCCAUUAAAUACGAUGACAUAGCAAAAUGGUGUCCCUUAUAAAAAUGGAAAAUCAAGGUUUGAUAUUUGAAAUUCAUACUUUUUUUGAACAUUUUCAAACCGUGGAUGCUUGAAUCUGUGUAUAAAAAAAUCUGUGUAUAAGAAAGGCCACUGUACCUCACACAAUUAUUGUCUGUCCUAGAUUCUGUAGCUUCAGUUACUCCCCUACCUGAAGUGACACCCAAUCCCCUGAUUACCUUUUUGCUAUUGUGCAUUGGAAGCAGUCAGUUCUUAAAUGCACAUGUGGAAUCUCAUGAGUAUAACCAUUUCACAUGGGUUUAAACCUAUUAUUAGUAUUGACAAGGUACAGCUAUUGGAUUUAUGGAUGAGUUGAGUUAAUGAAAAUGUUCCAGUCUUGAUUUAGGGCUCAAACAGAUGGCCAUGGAGAGGUGGCUUGAUGCUGCCCCUUUGAUAACUGGAUUGGGGCCACAGCAACCACAUGCUGUGGCCCCAAUCUGGCUUUUUGCUGGCCCAAAAAGAAGCAGCAGAUAGCUGCUCCUUUUUGAGCUUACAAAAAGCUGGCUUUUCCGCUGCUGUGGUGGCUUUGUGGUACUCAGGAGGCACAUAAAUACUGUGCUGCAAGAGCGCCUCAAAGCUACCCAUCGUGUGGUCGGUCAGGAGGCUUCAUGGUGGCUUCCUGCCAGCUUGGGGGCAUGUGUCAUUUAAACAACAUGCCCCUAAGCUGCUGGGAAGCCACCGCAAAGGGGCCAUCUGUUUUGCCCCUUAGUUUUGUUAACUGCCAACCACAGAUGCUGGUGAAAUGUCAGGAAGAAACUCUUCUAGAACAUGGCCACAUAGCCCGAAAAACCCACAAAAAACUUUAACUGUGUUUAUCUGAAUCUCACUGACAUUUUAUUUGCCUCUUCAUUUCAAUUUAGUCUCUGAAACGUUACAUUUUCUCCACUUCCCCAAUGAAAUUUGUGUAAUUUUAAUGCAUUUUUCCUCAUGUAUGCAUUUAUAUGCCCAAUUGAUCUCAUUUGUAAAUUCCCCCCCCCCCUUGACUAAAAUGGUGGAAGAUGUGGUCAGGAUUCUCUAUCAUUGUGUGUAUGUUAUGUAAUUUUAUGUACAUUUAGCUAAAUAGCAGAGUGCUAAGAAGCCUUGUUUGUGAAUUGCAAAGAUGCAUACCAGGACACCAGCAAGAGUAUCCCAAUGCACGCCAGCACCCCCUAGCCAGUGUCCCAAUGCUCAGUGGGACCGAUGCAUAUUGGACCCAUUGUGUACCCAGUCCCAAUGUGCAUUGGUUAUUUUGCUGGCUUCCCUACAUAGUACAGUGAGCCUGCCAUAUCAGUGGGCUUGCCAUCCGCAAAUUGGACCUCCAAUGGAUUAUCCUGUCCCCAUAUUAGCCAAUGGCAGUGCAUGCAUGUUGCCACCCACUGACUAAUACGGACUGGAGCUCUUGUGAUUUUUCCCAUCCAUGGGGACUGGUGGUGGUGGAACCAAACCCCUGUAGAUAGGAAGGGCCCACUGUCAAUUAACAGCAGCCCUUUCCUGGAUAUUGAUGUUAUGGAACUGCUCAAUUUUAAUUCCCACAGACAUAAGUCCACUUGCAAAGCCUAAGGGGCUAAACAGACCAGCACUAAAUGCCAGCAUUGGGCUGGAGUGGAGGCAUGGCAGCAGCAUGCUGGCUGCCCAAAAUUCUCCCUAAUGCCAGCAUUAUGCCCCACACCCGACUACAGUACUUGGCAGACAUCAUCAUGCUAUUUCUUUGGUACACCAAAUAAUCAGCUGAAAGCUGCUGCCGCUGCUGCAACAAAGGCAUUUUUUGUUAGCUCUAAAAGGAGCAGCAUUUUGCUGCUUCUUUUAGAGCUGGCAAAGUUCCAGAUUGGGGAUGUGGUGUGCGAUUGCCGUGGCCCUAAUCCAACGAUGGAAGGGGUGAUGGGAUGCCACUCUAUAGGGGUGGUCUGUAGAGCCACUCUGGGGCAAAACAGACCACCCAAAGGAGUGGCUCCACACUGCCACUUUCAGUGCUGGAUCAGGGCCACACUCCACAGCGCCAAUCUGGCACUUUGCCAGUUCUAACAGAUAUGGGGAAAUCCUGCUCCUUUUAAAGCUGGCAAAAAGGUGCUCUUGCCACAGCUGCAGCAGUUUCCAACACUCCUUUUAGCAUGCAUCAUCUGAAUGCUGCACCAAAGGAGCACUGUGACACUGCCUGCCAUGCGAUCAAGCGGUUGACAUGAUCCUGGUGUGGGGGCAUGCAUUGUCCAAAACUCACUUCUGCAUGCUGGAGCUUCAAGCCAGUCUGUUUAGCCCCUAAGUCUCCAACAGGAUUCCAGCCUGAUUUUUUACACACACACACACACACACACACACACACACACACAACAAUGCACACACUAAAACUGUUAAUGUUUUAUCCAUUUUUAAAUAUGUCUUGUAUGUGCUUGAACUGAGGUGCAUACUUUCUUAUAGCAAGAGGUAUAAAAACACUAUUUUUAUUGAUACGGUUGAG